AUGGUCGAACCAGGCGACAAGCCGUCUACAGCCGGCCAGAGGCUGGGCGCCCCCGAAAGUUUCGGAGUGUCCACCCUAGAGCCAGGCCUACGCCCUCCUGCCCAGCAGCCAGGGAAACAAGUCUCCUUAAGGGUUCAGAUGCUUGAUGACACGCAGGAAGUCUUCCAGAUAUCGCAACGUUCCCCUGGAAAACUGCUAUUCGACCUGGUUUGCGCUCAUCUCAACCUGGUAGAGGGGGAUUAUUUUGGGCUGGAGUACCUGGACCAGCGCAAGAUGACGGUGUGGCUGGAUCUGCUGAAGCCGACAUUGAAACAGAUAAGACGGCCUAAAAACACCAUCCUUCGUUUUGUGGUGAAGUUCUUCCCUCCUGACCACACACAGCUAACGGAGGAGCUGACUCAGUAUCUGUUUGCCCUGCAGAUAAAACGUGACCUUGCCUGCGGUCAUCUCAUCUGUAACGACACCAGCGCUGCUCUCAUGGUCUCCCACAUCAUUCAGUCCGAGAUAGGAGACUUCGAUGAGACCCAGAGCUGGCAGCAUCUCCUCCACAACAAGUACCUGCCCGACCAGGACGCCAUUAGGGACAAGAUCACUGACUGCCACCGCAAGCAUGUCGGCCAGACCCCAGCAGAGUCAGACUACCAGCUGCUGGAAAUUGCCCGGCGGUUGGAGAUGUACGGCGUUCGUCUCCACCCGGCCAAGGACCGAGAGGGCACUAAACUCAGCCUGUCUGUGGCACACACUGGGGUGUUGGUUUUCCAGGGAUACACAAAAAUUAACGCAUUCAACUGGUCCAAAAUUCGCAAGCUCAGCUUCAAACGUAAAAGAUUCCUUAUCAAGCUGAGAGCAGACCCUGCUCAAAACGCCCCCCACCAUGACACGCUGGAGUUUGCCAUGGCCAGUAGGGAUUGCUGUAAGAUCUUCUGGAAGAUUUGUGUCGAGUAUCACGCCUUCUUCAGGCUCUUCGAGGAGCCCAAGCCCAAACCCAAGCCCAUCCUUUUCACCCGUGGCUCCUCGUUCCGCUUCAGUGGUCGAACCCAGAAGCAGAUCAUUGAUUAUGUGAAAGAUUCAGAGAUCAAGAAGGUUCCAUUUGAAAGGAAACACAGUAAGAUUCUGUCCAGUGGCAGCAUGACCCCUCAGUCGUCUUCCUUCAGAUCACAAGUGCCAAAAGAGAGUGCCACAUCUGUCCCAUUAGUAGACCAGCCUGACUCAGCCAGACUGGCCCAUCAAGUUGAAUCUAAUGGUUCAGAGGAGCUGGCAGCAGCUACAUCCCCCACCAACGGUUUCCACGAUAUACAGGUGGCGCCCCGCUCGGACCCGACUCAGCCCCGACAGAACCACCACGGCACCGGAUCAGCACCGGACCAACAACUCCUCAACCCAGGAAGCCCCGGUUCAGAGGACUCUCCACUGGGAAGUCCCUGUGUGGUAGUUAACGGGAACGGCUCGGUAAAUGGACAGGGCAUGGGCGGCACCAGUGUCCUGGGUCCAUGUCAGAGUCCCGAGGGACGCCAGCUAUCGCCGCUCACCAGCCCGCUGCUCACUGACGCAGGAUAUGUCCGCAACGAGGAUGAAGAAGAGGCGAGGAGGAAGAAGUUUCCCACAGACAAGGCCUAUUUCAUAGCCAAGGAACUGUUGACCACAGAGCGGACCUACCUCAAAGACCUGCAAGUCAUCACAGAGUCUUUCCAGGGUGUUGCAGGGAAAGACGAGGCGUUCCCAGACUCCGUUACCAGCCUGAUCUCCACCAGCUACGAUCCGGUCUACAAAUUCCAUCAGGGAUUCCUCAAAGAGGUGGAGCAGAGGCUGGCACAGUGGGAGGGUCGCUCCAACGCUCACAUUAAAGGGGAUUAUCAGCGAAUCGGUGACGUUCUACUGAAGAACAUUCAGGGCCUGAGACAGUUGACAAUUCAUCUCCAGAAACACUCAGAGUGCCUGGUGGAACUGGAGCGAGUCUGUAGGUCCAGUCGGAAGGCAGAGGCUGUGUGUCGGGAGUUUGAGCAGCAGAGGGUCUGCUACCUCCCCCUUAACAUCUUCCUCCUCAGGCCUCUCCACCGCCUGCUGCACUACAAACUCAUCCUCGAGAGGCUCUGCAAGCACUACCCGCCCACCCACGAUGACUUCAGGGACUCCAGAGCUGCUCUGGCCGACAUUUCGGAGAUGGUGCUGCAGCUCCAAGGCACCAUGAUGAAGAUGGAGAACUUUCAGAAGCUCCUGGAGCUGAAGAAAGAUCUGACCGGCAUUGACAACCUUGCCUCACCCGGGAGGGAAUUUAUCCGGCUCGGUUGUCUCAGCAAGCUCUCAGGGAAGGGCCUUCAGCAGAGAAUGUUCUUCCUGUUCAGUGAUUCCUUGUUGUACACCAGUAGAGGGAUGACCCCGUCCAACCAGUUCAAGAUUCAUGGCCAGCUGCCUCUAUAUGGCAUGACGAUCCGAGAAAGUGAGGAGGAGUGGGGAGUCCCUCACUCAUUCACCUUGUUUGGACAGCGCCAGUCUGUGGUGGUGGCUGCCAGCUGUGCAUCAGAGAUGGAGCGGUGGGUGGAGGACAUCAGGAUGGCAAUCGACCUGGCGGAGCAGAGCAGCAGUCCUCAAAGUGACCUUCUCUCCACCAGCCCCACUGACAACAAGCUGUCGGAGGACGGUGGAGCCGAGCAAGAGUCUGAGGAGGAGCUCUGCGGUUCGCGCUCAUCUCUGGAGCGCCAGGGUCACCGUGGUAACACCACCGUGCACGUCUGCUGGCAUCGCAACACUAGCGUAUCCAUGGUGGACUUUAGUGUUGCUGUGGAGAACCAGUUGUCAGGUAACCUGCUGAGGAAGUUUAAGAACAGUAACGGCUGGCAGAAACUCUGGGUGGUCUUCACCAACUUCAGCCUCUUUUUCUACAAGUCGCACCAGGAUGACUACCCUCUGGCCAGCCUUCCUCUGCUGGGCUACUCUGUCACCGUCCCAUCUGAGUCGGAGAACAUCCACAAGGACUACGUCUUCAAACUUCACUUUAAGUCCCACGUCUACUACUUCAGAUCGGAGAGCGAGUACACGUUUGAAAGGUGGAUGGAGGUGAUCCGCAGCGCCACGUGCUCCGCCAGCCGCUCCCUGCCGAGCACUAGGAAAGAUCUUUACUGAUGAUACCGACGCCCUCGGCUCUCCUUAGAGACGCUCGGCUGAGUGAAGAUCUAGACUUCAGACUGCACAAACACCUGAAAAGACUCUUAUGAUAGUGUUUCAGACAGCAGGUGCUAAUUAAUACCUCUGAAUAGCUGAUUCACUUCCUCUUUACACAUCACUCAGAGGUCCUCCCACUUCACCUCGGUCACCUCCACCUCCUGCAUCCACCUUCUUACUACACAAACUGCUUAAAGCCACUUUCUGCACCAUUAGUGUCUGAUUAGGGGCAAGCUGUCUGUGAUGGCAGUUCAUUCAUAAAUAAUUAUACUUUUUUUUUUUUUACUCUGAACUGGCAGCAGAGUCUGUGUAGCAGCGUUUUCCCAACUGACUUUAAGUUUGCACCAUUGAGUGACGUUCACAUGCACACAUGUUGACAUGGAUUUACAGUAAUAUUCACGCCAAUGACCUAACCUGUUUACAGUCAGGAGGAUUUGAUCUUUCUUAUAAACCUGAAUGAAAUACAAAGAGAUUUUCCAGAAGUAUUUAGGACACUGACACGUGUUUGUGCACCACAUCCCAUCACUCUGUAAUGUUUCCUUGAUUUGUAAUGUUCUUAAUAUUCAUGUAUGAUGACAUAUUUGUGAUAGGGAUUCAAUAAUGUACAUAAUUUGCUUAAAUGUGGAGAAGUGUGGGCAUGUGAACACGCUCAAGUCUUUUUUUUUUUUUUUGUAUGACAAUCUAUAAAUAAUUUGAAUUAGAGUAAAUGUGAUGCCAGUUUGGACACAAUUACAACACACACAUCUGUUUUCCUUUUUUAAGGCAACUUUUUGUACAAUACUUUGAUACACUGUGAAAUGUUCUACUCUCCUUUUUUUCUCUUUUUCUCCUUUUGUUUUUUUUUCUCAUUUUAAAAAGACAACUGACUUCAAAACUGCUUCCAAACGCCAACAGAGAUUUCAAUGGUUCAUUGCCAAAUAUCUUUCUCUUCUGUAUCCCUCCAGGUUUUCUGGAUUUUAAUAUUUUAAAUAAAGAUGAGAAAAGAUUGUGUUCAUAUGAAAUAAAU